GAGAUAGAGAGCAGCUCCGUGCAGCUCAAGCUGCUGGCAGAGGCGAUGGCGAAAGAGGGCAAGAUGGAGAGGGUAGCGGAGCUGGAGGCAAUGACUCGCAAGGUGGUGGAGACGGCUCAUGAGAUGUCCCUGCAUCAGCAGGCUCUGGAGGCAGUGCGCGACAGCUAUCAGUACACUGGAACACCCACCAACUUUGAGGAGCUCUUGCAGCAACAGGUGGCGCAGCUAGGAGCGUCACACCCAUGUCCAGAGGACCACCAUAUUCUGGUGGCAUUCCGGCAAACCAUUCGGAGUGCGAGGCAGGGAGGAGAAGGUGCUGGGGAUGAUGACGAUGAGGAUGAUGAAGUCAUGAUGACGACCAAUCUGAUUGUCAAGAAUCCCAACUGCCCAAUCACCAUGCGCCACGUGGAAGACCUGGAUGACCCUGUCUGCUGCUUGGAUUGUCGCCAUGUGUAUGAGAAGAGCGCGAUAUUGGAAAAUAUGACCCAAAGCAGGAAUUGCCCUGUCUCUGGUUGCCCUCUCGCACGGGACGCGUUACGGAAAGCAAUACGACCACGAUCAGCAGAGCCGGAAGCAGCAGUAUGCAGUGGAACCGGCGGGAGCGCGAAAUCGGGAAAGAAUAACCGGAAAGGCGGAGCGAAGGGCGCGGGAAAAUCGGCGGUGACUGGUGCGGGUUCAGCGGCAGGGGGCGCGAGAAAGCAGGCAACCAGAAGAGAGGGGUCUGAUAAUGAUAGUGGCAGCGAGGACGAGAGAUUUUGGGGUAGAGGAGGAGGGAGAGGAGGAGGGAGUGAUUUGGAAGUGGAGGGUGAUGAAGAUGAGGAGGAGGUGGAUUCAGAGGAGGAAGAAUUGCUGAAGCUUCCCAUGCCGAGCCCACCGGCAGGGUUUGUGUUGGACGACGAUGGAGAGGUGGUGCUGGCUGCUCCUGCUGAUAGACGAACGCUCACCAUUCAUGACCCCAUCACCAACCGCUCUUUGGAUUGUGUCAUUCGACGAGCCUUCUCCAACUCGCUUAACGUUCCCUUCUUCCUGCUCCACCCUCUUGACACUCCGAUCAUGUUCUUCCGCAUCUCGGGGCGAACAGGAGAGCUGCAAGAGGUGGACGAUGAGGAAGCCGAGAGGAUUAUGCCUGCUGCUGCUUAUGCUCUGGCGAAGAAAAGCCUGCACCUGACGCCUUCAGGCUUCACCCUCACUCUCAGAGGAGCCAUCUGCUUCACAGAGGAUGACGUCAUCAACCUGGACACUGAGCUGGGGUUUGGCAUUGGGGGAUCCCUGGCUGAAGGGGUUGACAUCACCACGUUUUUGUCUGGCGGGCAGGAGUACAUGAUAUACACGCCUUUUGAUCCGCUCAUGUUCGUCGCAUACAAGAAUCCCAAGACCGAUGAAAUUCUCGUGGCCGAGGAUCCUGAGCUUCUAAACGAUCCCAAGGUGUUGGACGCAAUUGACGAGGAGCAGCAGUUCCAAGCCAUGGUGCUGUGCUCUCUCAAGGUGUUGGGUGCGAUAGACGAGGAGCAGCAAUUUCAAGCCAUGGUAACGAGGAGCAGCAAUGCUGGGGUGGUGUGCUGCUGGGGUGGUGUGGUGCUGGGGUGGUGUGGUGCAGCUGUGAUGUGGUGUGGUGCAGCUGUGAUGUGGUGUGGUGCAGCUGUGAUGUGGUGUGGUGCAGCUGUGAUGUGGUGUGGUGCAGCUGUGAUGUGGUGUGGUGCAGCUGUGAUGUGGUGUGGUGCCUUGAUCAUGACUCAAGCCAUGCCAUUUAGGUGUUGGGUGCGAUAG